AUUGCGAAAAAUGAAAAUGAUGAGCCCACACCAGACUCUUUGUUCCAUGGCCUCUUUACACGAACUAAAUUUCUCAAUGAGGCCAUUCCCAAACCACCGCCUGUGCUCAACAAGGACUACGUUUUGACCUUUUUGGAGGGUCUUAAAAGGCAGCAAUCAUCAGUGUUGAUGGACACCUCCUCUAGCUUCUUCCAGCAAAUCUCAAAGGAUACAGAUAACCUAAACAUACGUUUCGAGCACGACCGUGGCUAUUUGCAGAAUGUUCAAACAGACACCGUUCCCGUAGUUGCUGUUACUCUGAAGGAUGCCGAAGCAAAGAGAAGACUGAACGCUCUUGGUAAUUACUUUACGCGCUCGUGGUCUCCUGAAACUGGCUGCCAAAUUUGUGAGGAGGAAAAACUGGACCUUGUUAAAAUGGAUCCCACCAGUUAUCCGACUGUGAUGCUGAGUGUUUUCGUUGUCCGGCCUACACCCUUCCUUGAGCCCUUCUUCGAGCGACUUGCAGCCCUGGAUUACCCAAAAAGCCAUAUCCACCUCACCACCUAUUGUGCAGUCCCAGAGCAGCAAAUGUUUGUCAAUGAAUUUCUCGAGAAGCAGGGGCCGAAUUACAGAUCUGUGGAAGAAAUCGAUCCUGAAAAGUACAUGGACCAGGCUAGGGCUUUUCAACAUGCAGUAAAACUUUGCCUUGAAAAGUCUGAAUGCGACAGUCUCUUUUACGUGGAGGCGACUGCCCAGUUUACCUGGCCAGGAACACUCAAACACCUCGUAUCAGCCAAUCGUAGUGUUGUGGCUCCCCUGAUGACGCGCCACAAUGCUUUCUGGUCAACUUUCUGGGGUGAUAUCUCUGAUGAUGGUUCAUACAAACGUUCGGAUGACUACUUCGACAUUGUUGAACGCCGAAAACUUGGUCUAUGGAACGUUCCGUUAGUCGGAACAACAUUCAUGCUGAGUCGUUGGGCGCUCUCAGAAAUUGCCAGUGACUUUGUUGAGGAACCCUUUUUCUACCUUUCUAUUGCCUCAACGACUGCCAAAAAGAAUAUCUUUGUGUACGUCGACAAUCGCGCUCAGUUUGGACGUCUUACGAAUCCCGUUAACUUCAAACUCAACCACCUACACAACGACAUGUGGCAAAUCUUUGACAAUCCUUUGGAUUGGGAGGAGCGCUACCUCCAUCCAGACUACCACAAUUUCGUUAACAAGUCAAAAACGAAGGAUGACUUUGAGCAGCCCUGUCCAGAUGUCUUCUGGGUGCCCUUGAUGUCCGAAACCUUCUGCCGGCACAUGAUUGAGGAGAUGGAGCACUUUGGUCAGUGGUCGGAUGGUUCUAAUUAUGACGCUCGUCUGGAGACUGGAUACGAAGCUGUCCCAACCCGUGACAUUCACAUGCGGCAGAUAGAUUGGGAGGAGCAGUGGCUCCAUGUGCUCCGCACCUACGUGUACCCCAUUCAGCUGAAAAUAUUCGAAGGAUACAGUGAUAAGCCAUGGGCGAGAAUGAACUUCGUCGUGCGUUACAUGCCCGGAGAACAGCCGUUCCUCCGCUUCCACCACGACGCCUCCACCUACACCCUCGAUAUGGCUCUUAACCGAGCACAUGUCGACUACGAGGGUGGUGGCGUGCAUUUCCCUCGCUACGGAUGCAAGCUCGUGGAAACCCGUGUGGGCUGGCCACUCAUCUUCCCCGGUCGGCUAACACACCUUCACGAGGGACUGGAAACCACCAGCGGCAUUCGAUACAUCUUCGUCACCUUCGUUAACCCCUAG